AUGCCUAAAACAGCAUGUGCUAAAGAAAUCAUCUCAGCACAGUUGCACACCUUCUGGGCGUAUGCAUCGCAGGCCGCUUACGAUCUCGGUGGAUACGGUGGUCCUGACUUUCUACCCAGUGUUGAAGAACGGUGGCCAAAGGGAAAGGAACUGCCAGCGGUUCUGGAACGACUUACUGAGGUGAAUGAAAGUACAAUUGUGAGAUCUGUAGUUGCUCUUGGCAGUCAACAGAUUAUCGAUGAGCAGACAAUUAAAAGAUUGGUGCAGAAAGAGGCUUAUGAGAAAGAAAUCCAAACUGUCAUAAAGGGUCAGCAGCCGAAGGACAAUAAGCUAUAUAAACUGGUACCUUACUUGGACAAGCGAACGUUGCUCAGAUCAAAGGGAAGAAUUAAAGGAACCCUUCUUGGGCGAAGUGAUGAGGAGCCAAUCUUGCUGCCUAGAGACCACCUCAUCACCGAAAUCAUAGUGCGGGAGAUGCACGAAGAGAGAGCCGGACAUGCCGGACGAGAACACACGAUGGCGUGUGUGAGGCAAAGGUAUUGGAUUCCCCAGGGCAGACGCUUGCUUGAUAGAAUCAUACGACGCUGUGUAGUGUGCCGACGGAACAACUGGAGAAGUCGGCAUCAAAGGCAAGCUGACUUACCAAUAGAUCGUGUCACUCCUGGAAAGGCUCCAUUUGCUUACACUGGAACGGACUGUUUUGGUCCAUUCAUUAUCAAGGUAGGGAGGAAACAGGUUAAGCGCUGGGGAUGUCUGUUUACAUGUCUAACUAUUAGGGCUGUUCAUCUAGAAGUCGUGGCCUCAUUAGACGCAGAUGCCUUCCUCAACGCAAUAACAAGGUUCUCACGACGCAGAGGUACACCAGAGCGUAUUAGGUCGGAUAAUGGGACAAACAUGGUACGGGCAGCCAAUGAGCUCAAACUGGCAGUGAAAAGUUGGGAGCAAGAUGACAGACUCAGAGGUGCCUUACUGAAAGUAGAUAUUGACUGGGUCUUCACUCCACCAGCUGCCCCAUACAUGGGGGGAGUAUGGGAAAGGCAGAUUCGCACAGUAAAGAAGGUUCUGCAGGCGAUUGUGGGCUCACAAAUCUUAGACGAUGAACGUCUGCAAACACUGUUCUGUGAAGUGGAAGCCAUAGUUAACGAGAGGCCAAUCACCCCGGUUCCAAACACUCCAAAUGAACCAAAGGCUCUCACUCCUGCUGAUCAUUUGCACUAA